AUGAGCCUUGCCCGGCCGGCAAGAUGUCUGUUUUGCAGCUUCUCCAGAACUGCGACUCCCGGCACGCGAGUCCCUCGUCGCCAAUUUCACCCAACCCCAGCGCCAUUGACGAAUCGGAAACCCAAGUUCCCCAAUGUUAAGAGUCCCGAGAAAUCUACCCGGUCAGCAUUGAAGGCCGAUGACUUCAAGUCUUACACGGAGGAGGAGAAGGCCCACCUGGCCAAGGAGUACUCGGCCGCCCAAAUGGAAGCCAUCAAGGCCGGCGAGGCCUCUAUCGACCCCAAGGAUUUGUCUGACCAGUCUAUUCGUCGUACCGACCCCUACCGAUUCAAGUAUCUUGACGAUUUCUCCGUGAUCGAGCCCGGUAUCGACCGCAAUGUUCGCGCCCCCGAGUCAAACUCGGAUUACAACUUUAAGCUGAAGUCCGAGGACCAAUUCAUCGAGGACUUUGGUCGUUUCUUCGCGGAAUCAAAUGAAGAUAUUAGGCCAGCCGACUUUGUGCGAUUCGCUGAGUCCCUACGGGUGACGGAAGGCAAGGAGGAGAACGAGCUGAACCCGCACAGUGCUCUCGUGCCUGAUCUCUUUGGCCCCGGCGAGACCAUUGACGAGCCCCGUGUGGAGGAGCGCAAGUCCGCUGCGGAGAAGGGUGAGAAGGAGCGCUCGCUCGAAGCAGAGGAAUUGACUGAUGCCCUGAAGAGUCUCCUUCUGGCUACCGGCUACACAGAGCGUCAAGUCCGAGAACUCCGCACCAAGACUUUGGUUUCCCACAGUGUCGUUAACCAAACUCGUCUGGGUAAGGUCCGUCGUGCCUACCGCCUGUCUGUCGCUGGUAACGGAAAUGGUUUGCUGGGUAUUGGCGAGGGUAAGUCUGAGGAAGCAGCCGAUGCCAAGAUCCAGUCGCAAUACCGUGCCAUCCGCAACAUGCAGCCUGUCCCUCGCUACGAGAACCGUACCAUUUUCGGCGAUGUCACCGGAAAGGUGGGAGCCGUGGAGCUGCAGUUGAUGCACCGUCCUCCUGGCUUCGGUCUCCGCACCCAGCAUCUGAUUUACGAAAUGUGCCGCGCUGCCGGUAUCCACGACCUUGCUGCGAGAGUCAACCGAUCCCGGAAUAAGAUGAACACAGUCAAGGCCGCCUACGAGGCUCUUAUGAGCCAGCGUGAUCCGGAGGAAGUUGCCCGGGCCCGCGGCAAGAAGAUUGUCGAUGUGCGCAAGGUGUACUACGCGGGCAAGGUCUAG